UUAUAUCCAAUUUAUAUUCCACGCGAGAAUGAACGCAUUUGAAAAACAAAGCAAUUGUGAAAAUUGCAACCUCAGAAAAAGAGUACACCAAAUAUUUAACGUGAUUAUUGACAUUUUGGAUACGACAAGAUGCGUCAAACAGGCUGUUUGAAACAGUUGAAUUUUGAGUAUGAAUACGAAGCAAAAACAAAGCAAAAUUAGAAUAAAAAAUGACAUAAGUAGAAUUCGUCUAGAAAAUCAUAAUAUAUUUUCGCAGUGUUUACUUCUAUUUUUUAGACAGCUUUUGAUGGCACUCCAUUUCAAUUAUUUUCUUAUAACUGAGAUUGGCAAAUACUGAGGCUAUGUCACCUAAACUUGAGUUCUUAGCGCCAAACAAUUUUAUUUAUUGUGAAAUCUUUGGUUUUAGUAUUUUCAAAAAAGAGAAUAAAUUGUUCGUUUCCACAGAUAGUCAAAGUGAAGGAAAUAUUGUGAUAACUUAGCAAACCGACUUCCCUUCAAAAAAAAAUUGUUUAAAAGAAGUGUUCUACGUUUUUGAGUGUAAAUAUGAGCAGUCGGGGUGUUCUUGUCAGACUUGAUUCUGUUGAUUCGCUCACUGAUUUUCCAAUUGAGGCCUCAUCACCACCGUCAAGAACACCAAGAAGCCCGAGAAGUCCACAUACCAUACGCGUCGAUUACUUUGAUAGAUCUCGUCUAGGUAAUGAGUCGCCUUCGAUAGCUGGCGAAACAGAUGGUGAUCCGUUGCCAAAUGAAAUCUCUGCACCAUACGAGGUACCUCAGUUUCCAAUCGAGCAGAUAGAAAAGAAGCUGCAAAUACAACGCCAUUUGAAUGUAAAGGCAUUGGAAGAUAGGCAAUCUACAAUCGGAUUGGGAGAUACGGCACACACAAGUGAUGAUAUUCAAUUUGAUGAACAUGAAAUUGUGCCACAUUUUCAACGAGUUUCAAUAUCUGGCGAAGAUACAAGCGGUGUACCUUUGGAAGAUUUGGAGCAUGCAUCCAGCCUAAUUAUCAAAGCACUUGAAAUUCGUGAACGUUACAUGAGUCUAUCGUUGCAAUCGUUUCCACAAACAACCGAACGAUUUCUUCGAACCGUGCACAAUAAAACGAUGUCCGACAUUGUUGAAUACGAGGAUAAGCGUACCACAGCAGAUCAUUCUGUUCACGCUCCAUCAACAACAAAAAAUCCAUGGUCUAUUGAAUUUCCGGGAAAUGCUGGCUAUCACAUCAAGGCUGUUGACGGUGUUUUCAAUUUGUUCAGAGACGCCGAAUGUUCGGAUAAUGUAAAUUUUCCGUAUUUAAAAUUGGAUGAUUUUGUUCAAGACAUGAACUCAAUAUGUGCUAUGAUGGCCGACGGACCACUUAAAUCAUUUUGCUAUCGCCGGCUCAGCUAUUUGAAUUCUAAGUUUCAACUGCACGUUUUGUUGAACGAACUACGUGAACUAGCCUCUCAAAAAGCGGUUCCUCACAGGGAUUUUUAUAAUAUUCGUAAAGUCGAUACACAUAUUCACGCUGCUUCUUGUAUGAAUCAAAAACAUUUGCUACGUUUUAUCAAAAAAACAUUGAAGAAUAAUGCCGACGAAGUUGUUACAGUGACCAAAGGAAAGUCAAUGACUUUAGCCGAUGUAUUCCAAUCGAUGAAUUUGACAACCUAUGAUCUUACUGUUGAUAUGUUGGACGUCCAUGCAGAUCGAAAUACAUUUCAUCGUUUUGAUAAAUUCAAUGCGAAAUACAACCCGAUUGGUGAAUCACGAUUGCGUGAAGUGUUUUUGAAAACAGACAAUUAUCUCAAUGGAAAAUACUUUGCAGAAAUUAUCAAAGAAGUGGCAUCAGACUUCGAAGAAUCAAAAUAUCAAAAUGCCGAACUUCGUCUAUCAAUUUAUGGAAAGAAUCGUGAAGAAUGGUCAAAAUUAGCCCAAUGGGCAAUUGAUGGAGAUGUCUAUUCGGAUAACAUUCGUUGGCUGAUUCAAAUUCCACGUUUAUAUGAUAUCUUCAAAACAAACAACAUUGUGAAUUCAUUUCAAGAGAUCAUGGAUAAUAUAUUUUUGCCAUUGUUUGAAGCGACCAACGAACCGGAAAAGCAUCCAGAACUACAUCGUUUCUUACAAUAUGUCAUUGGGUUCGAUAGCGUUGACGAUGAAUCGAAACCGGAGAAUCCUUUGUUUGAUCGUGACGUUACUGUACCAGCUGAAUGGACUGUCGAAGACAAUCCACCAUAUGCAUACUAUAUUUACUAUAUGUAUGCAAAUAUGACGGUAUUGAAUCAAUUCAGAAAAGAGCGUGGAAUGAAUACAUUUGUUUUGCGGCCUCAUUGCGGGGAAGCCGGUCCCGUUCAGCAUUUGGUGUGUGGAUUUUUGAUGUCAGAAAAUAUUUCACACGGUUUAUUGUUGCGCAAAGUGCCUGUUUUGCAAUAUCUCUAUUAUUUGGCUCAAAUUGGUAUUGCGAUGUCACCGCUCAGCAAUAACUCAUUGUUCUUGAACUAUCAUCGAAAUCCACUUCCCGAGUACUUGGCACGAGGUCUCUGUGUCUCCCUAAGUACCGACGAUCCACUUCAAUUUCACUUUACUAAGGAACCACUGAUGGAAGAAUAUAGUAUUGCUGCACAAGUAUGGAAACUUAGUUCAUGUGAUAUGUGUGAAUUGGCAAGAAACAGCGUUCUUAUGUCCGGGUUCCCUCAUAAGAUGAAACACCACUGGUUAGGACCAAACUAUACACGCGAAGGCGUCGCUGGAAAUGACAUUACUCGCACAAAUGUGCCAGAUAUUCGUGUGUCAUAUCGUUACGAGACGCUCAUAGAUGAGUUGACAAACAUUUUUAGCAAAUACCUCAUAAAAUGAAUUUAUAUACCCACAUUUUGUUUUUAAUUUCAAGUAUAAUAUAUUUAAUGUAUUUAAAAAAAAAAACAAAUAAAUGAAUAAUAUACGAA